ACAACUUUUCUAUGUGAUCAUUUAUUGAAAGAACUGCUGGUUCGGAAGAAGUAGAUCCAAUCAAAGUUUUGGCUUUUAUGCUUCUGGGUGAAGAUGGAGGCAUCUACGGUGGUGCCGUUGGUUGGGAUGCUUGUGGCACUUGGGGCGUAUGCAUUCUUCAUUUACGUUUCCAAGCAUGCCUCAAGUGUUGAGGUGUUGGAGGGAAUGAAGGCUGUCGUGCUGCCCUGCUGGGUACCAUGGUUUCCUGAGGGCACCAAAGUGGUGUGGAGCCACCACGGUUCCAAUCCCUCAACCGUCCACCAGCAUCAGAAACAAGAUGAGCCUUAUCUUCAAAACCAGCAUUUCAGCGGCCGAACAUCAAUGUCAGAUGACGCUCUGGAAACCGGAGACUUCAGCCUCACUCUGAAAGAACCUCACCGCUCUGACAGCGGACUCUACUUAUGCACCAUCCGCAUCAAUGAAAAUAAAAUUAAAAUGAAAUGGUACCAGGUACAGCUGCAGGUCACAGUUCCCCAGCAUGACUCAGAUGUUGAGGUGUAUGAGGGGGUGAAGUCUGUCGUGCUGCCCUGCCAGAUAUCAAGCCUACCCAAGUAUAUUAAAGUGGUGUGGAGCCGCUUCGGUUUCAAUCCCUCGACCGUUCACCAGCAUCAGGACUACGCUGAGCCCCGUUUCCAAAACCAGCUUUACAGCGGCCGAACAUUGAUGUCAGCUGACGCUCUGCAAACUGGAGACCUCAGCCUCACUCUGAAAGAUCCUCACCUCUCUGACAGCGGCCUCUACACCUGCACCGUCUACAGCAACGAACAUAUAAAGAGACAGACAAUUGUGCGUCUACAGGUCACAGUUUCCCAGCAUGCCUCAAGUGUUGUGGUGUAUGAGGGUAUAAAGUCUGUCAUGCUGCCCUGCCAGUUACCAAUUUUACCUGAGGGCACCAAAGUGAUGUGGAGCUGCUCUGAUCUCCAUCCUUCGACCGUCCACCAGCAUCAAGACGGAGAUGAGCCUUAUCUUCAAAACGUGUUUUACAGCGGCCGAACAUCGAUGUCAGCUGACGCUCUGAAAACUGGGAACCUCAGCCUCACUCUGAAAGAUCCUCACUACUCUGACAGCGGCGUCUACACCUGCACCAUCUACAGCAAUGAACAUAUAAAGAGACAGAUAAGUGUACAUCUGCAGGUCACAGUUUCCCAGCAUGCCUCAAAUGUUGUGGUGUAUGAGGGUAUAAAGUCUUUCGUGCUGCCCUGCCAGUUACCAUGGUUACCUGAGGGCUCCUUAGUGGUGUGGAGCUGCCCUGAUCUCAAUCCUUCAACCGUCCACCAGCAUCAAGACAAAGAUGAGCCUUAUCUUCAAAACCAGCUUUACAACGGCCGAACAUCGAUGUCAGCUGACGCUCUGAAAACUGGAGACCUCGGCCUCACUCUGAAAGAUCCUUACCACUCUGACAGCGGCGUCUACACCUGCACCGUCUACAGCAAAGGAAAUAUGACGGGCAAGAAAACUGUACAGCUACAGGUCACAGAAUCGUCCACUUCCUCUACUAGGACCGAUGUUCUCCUGGCUGUUGUCCUGGCUGUCCUGUUCCUGGUUUUGGGCCUAGCUGUUGCCGUUGUUUUAGGUCUAGCAGUUUAUUUUUGGUACAGAAUCAUCACAGUCACCUGGGUGGAAGUGGAAGAAGAAGAGAUGUUUGUCAAGCUUCCUUGCAAAACCCAAGCCCCGCUGCCUGAGUGUUUAUCAGUGGAGUGGAGCCGCUGUGCCCCCGAGCCCAUGAAGGUCCACGAGUAUCGGAACUACACCAACAAUCCUGUCACACAGGACGAGUUUUACACGACCGCACAAAGAUGGAGAUAGAGAAAGAUCCACGGAAAACUGGAGACUUCAGUCUGACCCUGAGGUACCCCUGCUUCAGGGACAGUGGCACGUACAUCUGCAGUGUCUACCUGAACAGAGACAUCUGGAUGCAGAAAGUAGUACAGCUCCGAGUCAAAGUCGUUGACAAGGUGGUGGAGAUCGGGGAGUGGGCUAAAUCUGUUACCCUGCCCUUCAAAACUAGAGCUCAGCUGCCUGAAGAUGCAACGGUGGAGUGGAGUCAUUUGGGCGGGACGCACGUGACGAUCCAUGUGUAUGAGAACGGCCAAGACCAGCUUGACAAACAAAGCACCAUGUACAGAGGCCGCACAAAGACAAAGGAAAACCCGCUGCAAACUGGAGAUCUCAGUCUGAUGAUGACUAACCUGACUCACAACGAUCACACUUCAUACGUAUGCACUGUGUGCAAGGAUGCAGAUAUUAUAUGGAGGAGGAUAGUUCACCUCAAAGUCAAUCGGCAAUAGAAAGGGUGGAGCGAUGGGCGGAGCUUCUGGUGCUCCAGAAGCCCCUGAUGUUUUCUCCAAAGCCCCAAAUCUUUUGGGGUUUUAAAAAUAACUUCAACUUUGUGUAAUUUUCCCUUAAUCUGACUGGACCGGUAAAUCAACACAGCAAAAGUUCUCUAAAAAAAAAAUAGGUUUCAAUUUUAGUAACGCUGUUCACACCAAAUUCCUAAGUUACGUAACUUGAAAUAUAGAAACAUCUGAAUUUUCCUAUUCGGAAACAUCCGAAUAGGGGGAACUAUUUUCAUAAUAUUUUUACGAAAAUAGUUCCCCCAAAACGUGUUUCUGAAAACAUUUUAAGUGAAAAAUAGGCUGUGCAGUUGCUGAAUCUGUCUUCAAUUCAGAUCAACAAAGGUUAGAUUUGCAUUGUUGUGUCAAAAGACAGGUAUUCAUAUUCAAGGCAUUCACCUUUUCAACUUCUUUCCAAGAUAAAACACCAGCAGGGGGCAAAAAAAGUGCAUGCAGUGUGGAACCCAUCAUUAGCUUGUGUUUCCCUGGGGAACAUUUAUACUGGUGCACCUUCGUGAUAGUAGGUGGUGAAAUGUUUGGUGAAAAAGCAUUUCACUGGAAUUCUUUCGAGGAAGAGGAGAUUCUCAUUCAGACACAUUCAGCUCAUUUGGGAUUCUGGAGAUGCCACCGGUAGGCACAUGGACAUUGUUGUCACUUAAGUGUUUAUUUGUGUUGGGAAUUGAGGCCAAUAAUAAUUUGACAAUUAUAUUUGGGAAACAAUGAUUGAUGGCAAGCUACUUGACAAUUGUUUAUUUUCAUAUUGUAUUUGAAACGCAUAGUUUCAGUUAAUAUACUAAUACCAUAUUGUUUGAAACUUGAGGUGAUCUGUAUUUGUUUUUGCUGGGAGAAGUUUCUGCAUAGACUUAAUUAAUUCUAAAUGCCAUUCAUAAUAUGACUACAUUGAGAAUAUAGAUUUAAUUUGAAAUGACUUUACUUGAAGUAAUGUAUAUUUCUUUUUGUGUUUUGCCUUUAAAGGUUAUCAACCUAACUAUCUAACCAACUAACUGGAAUGAAAUAAAAUAAGUCAGAAGAAAA